CUGCCUGCAUCAUCUCCCUCCCGAGCCCCAGAACGGCGACGAAUAGUCCGGAGAGCGAACGGGUUCCCAACAAUGGUUUUGUAACUACAGCCAGCGAGCUUCUAGAAAAACCCCGGCGGACAAACACAGCUUUUGUGAAAAGCUCUUUGGUUAAGCAACGCGGCUCGUAUUGUUGUGGGUGCUCGAAUAUUCUCCGCACACGCACACACACACAAAAAGCGAAGCGCUACAACUAGAAUCACAGCGAGAUUCCAGCUGGUCAUCCUAACUAGCUUGGGGGGGGAGAAAGGCGGUUACUCGAAAGCUCGAGAAGUGACGGAGUUGGAGAGAGGAAAUAACGGAGGAGUCGACCAAGAAGAAAGAGGUUUAUUGCCUUGGAGACGUAGCCUGCAUAAACUAAGUUCGCGAUGUCUCUUUCGAUCCCGCAGAACGGAGUGAAGGGGGACGGCGAGCCCGUUAUCGAGCUGUUCGUGAAGGCCGGGAGCGAUGGGGAGAGCAUCGGGAACUGUCCCUUCUCCCAGCGCCUCUUCAUGAUCCUGUGGCUGAAGGGCGUGGUCUUCAACGUCACCACCGUCGACCUGAAGAGGAAGCCGGCGGAUCUGCAGAACCUUGCCCCCGGGACACACCCCCCCUUCAUCACCUACAACGGGGAGGUGAAGACCGACGUCAACAAGAUCGAGGAGUUCCUGGAGGACGUCCUGAGCCCACCCAAGUACACUAAGCUGGGUGCUCGGCACCCUGAGUCCAACACCGCGGGGAUGGACAUCUUCGCCAAGUUCUCCGCCUUCAUCAAGAACUCCAAACCCGACGCCAACGAGGGCCUGGAGCGGGGGCUCCUGAAGACGCUGCAGAAGCUGGAUGAGUACCUGCGCUCCCCCCUCCCUGACGAGAUCGACCAGGACAGCAUGGAGGACGUGCAGGUCUCCUCCCGUAAGUUCCUGGACGGAGACGAGAUGACGCUCGCAGACUGCAACCUGCUGCCCAAGCUUCACAUCGUCAAGGUGGUGGCGAGGAAGUACCGCGGCUUCGACAUCCCGCAGGACAUGAGCGGGAUCUGGAAGUACCUGGGCAACGCCUACACGCGCGAGGAGUUCACCAACACCUGCCCCAGCGACAAGGAGAUCGAGAUCGCCUACGGGGACGUGGCCAAGAGGCUCGUCAAGUAGUCCCCGCCCCCAGCCCAUGCCCCGCCCCCGCCCGCCCCCCACGCUCAGUUAGCACUGGGACAUGAGGAGUGAACGACAUAUCAUCCCUCCCUCCUUCUCUCCCUCCCUCUUUCUCCCUCUCUUCUCUCUCUCCCUCUCUUCUCUCUCUCUCCUCUCUCUCCCUCCCGUCUCACUCCUCUCUUCUCCCUCCCUCCCUCUCUCUCCUUCUCCAUCCAUCCCUCUCUCCUUCUCCCUCCCCCCCUCCCUCUCUCUCCUUCUCCAUCCAUCCCUCCCUCCUUCUCCCUCCCUCCCUCCCUCUCUCUCCAUCCCUCCCUCGCUCUCUCCAUUUAGAAGCGUUAUAAAGAGAUAACAGUUGCAUGAUUACUGUUUAGUUUUCUUUUCAUCAAGGUUUUGUGCUGUUAGCGGACAUCCCUCUCCCCCCCCCCCCUUGCCGUUUGGGACAGGAGACGCAGUAAGGAGCGACUGCCAAAACACACGUGUGCUAUUGCAUAUCACGGUUUACCCACGAUGCACUGUGCCUUUCCUUACGGAAUUCACCCCUUCGCCCAUCUACAGCGGACCGAGGCUGCAACCCCCCCCCACCCCGCUUUUUUGUGUUUUAAAAAAAAUAAAUAAAAAAAAAAGCUCAUCUAAGCACUCCAGAGACAUAUUCAGGAAAAAUUUGCUUUUUCUUUGCUGUGGACAAGGACAUCUGGAUAAAAAAACAAAAAAAAGUGCUCCUCUUCCUUCUCCUCCUCAUCUUCCUCUGUGGUGUUUUGGAAUAAGUGAUAUGCAGUUGCCGUAGGAACAGCGAGGCCUCGAGUUGGAACGAGGGAUGACUGAGAAGGAAGAAGAGAGGGAAGGAUGAGUGUGACAGAGACUCUUCUCCUGGAUCCGCAGAACUGUGGGACUUCACAGCUCUGCUACCUGCUCUUUAGUAACCAUGGGGAUAUGUCAACACACUAUCAGUAUGUUAUGAAACACUUAAUUCACACGCUUAUGAAGUCAUUGCUUUAUUAAUGAUUUCGAUCAGGGAUCAGCAACUCACGGUCCUCGAGGGCCGAGAACUGCUGGUUUUCCACCCUCCCUUUACCUGGGAGUCAGGUGUGUUCACCCUCCCUUUACCUGGGAGUCAGGUGUGUUCACCCUCCCUACACCUGGGAGUCAGGUGUGACCACCCUCCCUUUACCUGGGAGUCAGGUGUGUCCACCCUCCCUUUACCUGGGAGUCAGGUGUGUUCACCCUCCCUUUACCUGGGAGUCAGGUGUGUUCACCCUCCCUUUACCUGGGAGUCAGGUGUGUCCAUCCUCCCUUUACCUGGGAGUCAGGUGUGUUCACCCUCCCUUUACCUGGGAGUCAGGAGUGUUCACCCUCCCUUUACCUGGGAGUCAGGUGUGUUCACCCUCCCUUUACCUGGGAGUCAGGUGUGUUCACCCUCCCUUUACCUGGGAGUCAGGUGUGUUCACCCUCCCUUUACCUGGGAGUCAGGAGUGUUCACCCUCCCUUUACCUGGGAGUCAGGUGUGAAGACAGUCUGGUCGAUCACCAAAUACUGAGUUGGUGAGUUGGUGAUUCCUGAUCGAGGCGAUGUUGCUGGUCAGGAAGGUGUUAAAUGUUUUAGAUUUGGGGGGUAUAAUACUAUACCCCAAGAGUGGUAAUAAUCCACAGACAUUGAUCUUAAAGGUAUAGUGACACAUUUAACUUUGCUCAAACAACCAAAAGAUAUUUAACUACACCUGCUUAUUGCUGUGCCUCUCCCCACCUUUCUCACACACACACACACACAUACCUCCCCUCUCUCUCUCUUUCUCCCUCUCUCCCUGUCAUAUGGGUCUCGUAUAAUGAAGGUAACUACAAUGUGCACCUCGCGCUAGUCUUGCGGUAGUUUAUAUUUCUUCAGGGGCGGGAAGGAAAAGGCUGAAUGUGGACGGUGCGACUCCUGUUGCGGAACCUGAGCGUCUCCUCCGCGCGCAUUGAUUGGCUUACCGGUAACACUAGCGCGCGGGCGGGAUUACCGUAAAGAUGGCGGCCAGGAGGCGCUACGUCACCAGAGCGUUAGAGCUCGCAGCACGUGCCCCUCGUCUCGCUCCUCUCCGCCAGCACGACCCUCAGAUUAGCUGAAUGUAUUCGAGAUAGUUACAUUUAAAAAAAAAUUUAAAAUUAAAAAAAUGCUUUAAUUUAUUUUAUUUUGUUUUUCUUCUUUCCUUUUUUGGGACGAUUUCCUCCCCCUCUGUGUUUUCAUUUCUUCCCCCAGGCAUGUUUUAAUUCAAUGUUAAAGAAAAAAAAAAGGAAUUGUAAAUAUUUUGUUUUGAGUGUUAAUGGGGAAAAAAAGAAUUUUGAUUUUUAUACAUUCGUUUGAUUUUCAGGAGGGGGAACGAAGUCCUUUUUACCCGCUUCUGGGGGUUUGUACAAGGUGACAAAAACGUCUGUCCUGGCCUCGUUCAUCGCGUUCAUGCUUCGUUUAGUUUAUCUGCAGUAAAGUUUUAAUUUGCCACUCCAUUGCAGUUUAUGUACAUUUCAAACCAAACACGCAAGCGAUGACUGUGGCUUUAUUUUUGUUUGCUUUACCAUUUUGACAGUAUUGAAAUAAACGUCUAAUUGGCAUUUGUCCUAAAAACGACAAAUUCCCUGCCAGUCAUUUGUCUCACCCCCCACCUCUCAAGUCGAAUGAAAGACCAGACCGGUGCUUGCUACAGUAGGUUUAUGCUACAUUUUGGGUGUUUGCAAAACCUUUAAAUAAAUCCUCUCUUCACGUAAACUUAGCAUAAACCUCCCUUGACGGAGUGGGUUUGUAAUCAGUCGCUUUGGAGAAUAUAUUUUCGGUUGAGACGGAGAGGGAGCGCGUUGAAACCCGAUCAAACGAUCGCCGUGCAACGUCGUGGUGUUGCAGCACGUGGAAAAAAGAAAGAAAGAAAAAAUAUAUAUAUAUAAAAAGAACGUUCUCGCAACAUUUCUGUUGAAUCUUAAGUUAGUGAUAUUUUUGCGUGAACUUGGGGAAAGCGUUCCCCCUUGUGUGCUGUCACAACACCGCCUCGCCAGUGCCUUUUCAAAGUGUAACAGAACCAGGGAGUCGUUCUGGACUACUAAAAGUGCUUAAAAUAAAAAUAAAAUGUUUUUUUUUGUGGAGAGCGUUUUUAGAUACCAACACUGCAAGUACCGUACUCUGUGGAAUUUAUCAUUAUUUAGAUAUCAGGUGUUAUUUUCUUUUUUUUUUUCUUUUUUUUUUUGUCAUACUAACUUUUCAAAUAUACAUAUACGCAUUCACACGUUUUACUGAUAUUCUACCGUUUAUUUGCUGCGCGUGCUUCAUAUGCUUUUGUACCGGUGUGAAAGUGUGAUGUUGUGCAGUUGUACACCUGCAAUCUUCAGCACAUUUUCCUGGUAUAUCCAUAAACCGCUGGCAGCUAACAAUAAAAAUAUAUAUAUUUUCACUA